AUGGCGACGUUGCAGAAAUUCAAGCUAUUAGCGACGCAAUGUGGUGUCAGCCAAAGUUCAACAAGAAGUCAGAGGACGAGUCCCGUGGUCAAUUUCCCUCGUCCUAAAACCACUCUGCGAAUGCUUCUCACCAGAACCAGUAGCCGCAAAUCAUCAACCUGUGGGGAAAUGUCGUAUCCACAGAGUUUCAUAGGCAAUUUACCUGAGAAAAAGAAGGGCGACAAGGAUUUGAGAGGCCGCACUUUGAAGGAUUUAUUUGUAUCAUCUCCAUUGUUAGAAGAUGAUGAUGAUGAUGAUGGCAAAGUUGUUAAGGAGAAAUUUGGCGGGAAGACGGAAGUUGUUUUGGCGACGCCAUUUAGUGGUCUUAAUGGAUUGGGAGGUGAACUGGGUUCGCUGAGGCCGGGUAGGACUGGAUUCAGGCAUAGGAUGCUGAUGAGGAGGGCUUGGCGUCCCACGCUUCCGACCAUUCGUGAAUAA